CACAUCGCCCAAGUUUUUCGUACUUGUCGGGGGGAUUGAACAUCCUUCUACAGGGCUACACACUGUAGCCUAUUACCACAUAACAAAUACUUAGAAUAACAAAUACCUAUUAAGCAAAUAAAAUCGUAGAAUAAUGUGGAAAUUCAUAAGCCGAGGAAUACGUGAGUCUAUCGAGCGUCGUGCAUGCCGUACAAACGUUUACUCCCAACCGCCGACUGAUGAAUGCAACAAUAGUGAGGUUAAAUCCACUGUUAAAGUUAAUGAUUCGAGUUUGACGACCUAUCGUAACACCAGUGGGUUCUGUGGUUUUUUCAACUAUCGAGGUACCAAGGACAAGAAGAGCCGUCCACACUGGAGCGCAGAUAGGACACUCUCUGAUGUACUUGGAUGGUCUAGCAUCUUAGCCAUCGGCUGGGCAAUUUGCCAGACCCCUUGCAUUAGGAAGCACAUUUUCGAGAGGAAUAGGAAUGACAAGUGUGCAUACAGAGCCUUCAAGUGCCCGAAGACCCAAGUGUCUUAUCUGGUGAAACAUGCGCUCAGUUUGCAACCGAAGCAUGUCCUCCCCGUCACCAAUUGUGUUGGGAGUGACGGCGAGUUUGGACAGAAUGGCGAGGGGGACUGGGGACAGAGACAUUACGGUCCUAUUACCGCUGAGGAGGCUCUUGGCGCAGCCCGGGAUGAAUUCACUCGCACACAUAGAGUAGUUAUGGGUGAAUUCGAGCUUCGCUAUGGGAUAAAAGCCCUCGAGGAACAUCGCUACAAGGACGCGUUGGAACAUUUUCUCACUGGAGCACAGCUCAAGUCACCAGGGAGCAUGUUUAACUUGGGGCUGUGUUAUGAAUUGGGUAUUGGGACGAGAAUGGACCCAGUGAAGGCUGUAGAAUAUUAUCAAAGUGCAGCUGAAAAGGGUCAUGCAGGUGCCAUGUACAACCUCGGUGUCUUCCACGCCCAAGGACGAGGUGGUCUUCCCAUAAACCUCAACGAGGCUCGUGAAUUGUUCACGAAAGCAGCAAAUUUGGGACAAGUGGAGGCUCAAGAUGCUCUCAAACUCGACACAAUGGUGGUCAGGGAGAAGUCAAGGGAUGACACCUCUAGUAACGUCUCCACUGGAGUCUCGUCGACGGAGCUACCGUCAAAGUCAGAGGACUACUGUUCCUAUAAACACACCGAUCCUUUCGCAGGCAUCCCAGAUCUCCCCCAUCCCUCUUUGGAGGACAGUUAUGAUUCACCGUACGAAAACAAUAGAAUGAAAAAUCCAACGGAAUCCUUCCUGAAUAUCCUGGGGCUACAAUCUAACCAGUUCCUUAUGGAACCUGCUAAUUGAGUGAUACAUCUCGUACUUAUUUGCCAUAACUCUAAAUAUUGUUAUUUUUGACUAGUCUAAAGUGACAAGUUGCUGUGCAACUAUUGAUAUAAUAACAAAACUGUAUAUAAUGUAUAUAAAAACCGUCUGUAAAUAGUGAUAUUCUAUUUGUAAUAAAUAGACCUUUUUUUUGCAAAAAAAACAAGCACGAUGUGUUCGCCCAAUUUGUGUUC